CGACGGCCCCGCCCGCGAGUGGCGGGCGGUCACGUGACGCGACGGCUGGGGGCUCCCGGCGCGGGGGACGCUGGUGGCCAAGAUGGCGGCGGAGCUGGUGGAGGCCAAAAACAUGGUGAUGAGUUUCCGAGUCUCCGAUCUUCAGAUGCUCCUGGGUUUUGUUGGCCGGAGUAAGAGUGGACUUAAACACGAACUCGUCACCCGGGCCCUCCAGCUGGUCCAGUUUGACUGUAGCCCCGAGCUGUUCAAGAAGAUCAAGGAGCUGUACGAGACACGCUACGCCAAGAAGAGCUCAGAGCCUGUCCCCCAGCCCCACCGGCCCAUGGACCCCCUGACCAUGCACUCAACUUACGACCGGGCUGGCACGGUGCCCAGGACUCCCCUCUCGGGCCCCAACAUUGACUAUCCCGUGCUCUACGGGAAGUACUUGAAUGGACUUGGACGCUUGCCCGCCAAGACCCUCAAGCCAGAAGUGCGUCUGGUGAAACUGCCCUUCUUCAACAUGCUGGACGAGUUGCUGAAGCCCACAGAGCUGGUCCCGCAGAAUAGCGAGAAGCUGCAGGAGAGCCCGUGCAUCUUUGCGCUGACGCCGAGGCAAGUGGAGCUGAUCAGGAACUCCAGAGAACUGCAGCCCGGGAUCAAGGCCGUGCAGGUCGUCCUCAGAAUUUGCUACUCAGACACCAGCAGCCCUCAGGAGGACCAGUACCCACCCAACAUCGCCGUGAAGGUCAACCACAGCUACUGCUCGGUCCCGGGCUACUACCCCUCCAAUAAGCCGGGAGUGGAACCCAAGAGGCCCUGCCGCCCCAUCAACCUCACCCACCUCAUGUACCUGUCCUCGGCCACCAACCGCAUCACCGUGACCUGGGGGAACUACGGCAAGAGUUACUCCGUGGCCUUGUACCUGGUGCGGCAGCUGACCUCUUCGGAGCUGCUGCAGAGGUUGAAAACCAUCGGGGUCAAGCACCCAGAGCUGUGCAAGGCGCUGGUCAAAGAGAAGCUGCGCCUGGACCCCGACAGCGAGAUCGCCACCACGGGCGUGCGGGUCUCCCUCAUCUGCCCGCUGGUGAAGAUGCGGCUGUCGGUGCCCUGCCGCGCCGAGACCUGCGCGCACCUGCAGUGCUUCGACGCCGUCUUCUACCUGCAGAUGAACGAGAAGAAGCCCACCUGGACGUGCCCCGUGUGUGACAAGCCGGCCCCCUACGACCAGCUCGUCAUCGACGGGCUCCUCUCCAAGAUCCUGAGUGAGUGCCAGGACGCGGACGAGAUCGAGUACCUGGUGGACGGCUCGUGGUGCCCGAUCCGCGCCGAGAAGGAGCGCAGCUGCAGUCCUCAGUGUCCCAUCCUCGUGCUGGGCCCCUCGGACGCCAAUGGGCUCCUGUCCGCCCCCAACGUCAACGGCGGUGGUGGCGGCGGUGCGCUGGGGGGCGCCGGUGGCGGUGGCAGCGCGGCAGGUGGCGUGGAGAACGGGAAGCCGGGAGCCGACGUGGUGGACCUCACGCUGGACAGCUCGUCGUCCUCGGAGGAGGAGGAGGACGAGGACGAGGAGGAGGAGGACGAGGACGAGGAGGGCCCCCGGCCCAAGCGACGCUGCCCCUUUCCGAAGGGCCUGGUGUCGGCCUGCUGACUGCUUGCCGCCGCCGCCGCCACCGGCUGGACACGCAACUUUCCUGGUGCUCACCACGCGGAUGGGGCGCAGGCGGGCCUCGGGCUACAGAGGGAGGAGUGAUUUUUUUUCUUUUUAUUGUUGUUCAUUUGUUUUUCCACCCCUUUCCCUGGCUCCUGGCACCUGUACCUCUGGACUCUCCAAUCGGAGGAUUAAAAAAAAGUAAAAUGACAAAAAAAAAGUACAAAAAAAAAAGAAACCACAAAAAAAAAAUCAAACUCUUAAAAACAAGGCAAGCCGCCCUCACAGCUGCUCCCCCAGCCAGAGCCUGAGCCCUGGAGCCUGAGCCGGCCCUGGGCAGCAGCGGGCAGACCCGGGAGCUGCACGCGGACGCCCCGGCCCACCUCGCCUCAUCCAGGGACCAUUCCAGCGGGUGCAGAGGGACGGGGCGCGUGGGGGUGGUGGGGGCAGCAGGGGAGACGGACGGGCGCACGGCACCCCUCCCUGGCAGCAGCCACGACUUUGACAUUCGUCUGUUCCUUUUGCUCUUUUUUCUCUGCAAAUACGUUCUCUCGCCCAGAGACCCUGGAGCGCACCGCCGAGCAGGGAGCAUUUUAGCCAAGAAGCCAUGGAGUGGGUUCGGGCGGGGGGGGGGGGGGGGGCAGGGGCACAGGGGUGGGGGGGGGUGGGAGGGGCCAGGGAGGGUUUAGCCACAGAUGUGUUGUAUUUUUUGAAAGUGCAAUAAUUUGGUAUUUUGAAGACCCAGCAUGUGGCCAGGACCCCCCCUGGAAGGCGGGGGCCCCAGGGUGCGGCAGCGUGUGGCGUGGGGGGGUCUCCGUUUCCUAGCAGCUACCUCGGUAACUCCAAUUCAGGUUAACUUCCCUACGGACCAGCGAAGGUGUCCAUAGACGCCGCUGCCGCCGGCCCUCCUUGGCGGGCGGGGCGGGCGGCCACUUCCGGAGGGGCAGCAGGGACCCCCCCCCCACCCUCUCCAUGUGGGGUGGCUCCUUCCCCCUCUUCUUGCUCUUGGGUUUUCCAACGGGUAGAGGCCUGCCUGGCCCCCCACCCCCCCGGGAGCCUCACACUCGUCUUCCAACAGGACCGGGCCGAGGGCCACCCGCCAGCGACUCGCCCGGCCUCAGGGGUCCAGCCAUCGUGGGGGGGGCCCCCACCACUGCCCCCGAUGCCUCCAGGAACCCGCGGCUGGGUGCCCGGCCCCCCGCCCAGCAUCCUUGUCCUCUGGAGGCCACGCUUGGUUCUCCCACCGCCUCUGCCCUGUUCUGUUCUGCUUUUUUUUUUUUUUCCUUGCUGCCCCCCCAGCCCCAGAAUAAUUUCCUUUGUGUAAACAGAGCUCUUCUAGUCAGGAAGCAAUACCGUUUCAGGUCUGAAGAAGAAAGGGACAUCAAUCUGGCCGAGGGCAAAUUCAGUUUUACUGUAUAAACUCGGCUGUGCAGCUCGGCCCCCCUCCGGCUGCACUGGCAGCUGAGGGCCGCGGUUUUCUAAUAUUUGUAUUCUAAUUUAAUUGUUUUUAAAAAACGCAAAUAAAAAAGGUCAAGGUGAA